AUGCUCGAGUCCGUCGUCUUAACAUCCACAAGAGGACAGCGGGGCCGCUUAAAGGCCAGAGGCAACCUGGCUCGAUCUCUCCAGGAUCCUUCUUACGUGAGACUCGGGCACGACGAGUCGGCCUACACCUGGGACUGGCUUGCCAAGGACAUCCAGGCCUGGCAGCAGCAGGAGCUUCGAAACCCACUUUCCCAACGACCUUCUCCCAACUAUCCUCACCACCAGACGACCCCUGAGCAGCUCCUCCUCGUUCUCCAGCACCAGGUGCCCUUUGAUCAAGGUAUGAUACCGCCUUCUCAUCAAGCACUCUUCCCGGACAUACCGGGAAGCGGCACCGCGGAGGCCACCUCGCAGAGAAAUGCCACCGCAACCGCCUCCGCAGGCAGCUCUGGCCUCCAAGCCCAGCAGCCCAAGAAGAGGACGAGGGCGAGCAAGCCCAAGGUGAGGACAGGCUGUAUCACAUG